ACGAAGUACCCUCAACCUGUCAAUAUCGUCUCCUUCCAUAGUCUCGCGGAAAUCGGUCGAAUCGAUUUUUAAUCUUUUUUUUUCGUUGGCCUAACCAUCCUCUUUGUCCUGAGCAUAGGUGGUCCGACAAAACUUAACACUUUCUCGGGCUAACGAUAAUUAUGUUAUCUAACUGAAAGAACGGAGAUCAAACCGGUGACUCUCGAUCGUGAAAUACGGUGGUUAACAAAUUUCGGCGUGCACGGAUUUCCUCCGUUGAAGAGAAAAUAUUUUCACAGUAAUGAUCAGGUGCCAUUGUACACGUGAAACAGCGCAAUUAAUCAAAUGCAUGAAAAGUAUAACUAAUGUUAUCGAAGAAAUGGAAUUUCGUCAUUUAUGAUGAGUGUAGAAGGAAUCGUAGAGUGAAGUGUCCCAAACAUGCUAUGAAGUUAUCUACGUGUGUCUAAGUUAAUUUAUUUUAUAUGUUGAAUGGAUUUAAUGGAAUUGUGUUUCGUAUACAUUUGUUAAGUUUUGUUUGUUUCACCUUUUUCUAAGUAUUAAUCAUUUUCAUUCUGGAUCACCCAAGUGUCGACGAUUGCAACCAUAACGACGGCGUCGAACUCCGGGAAGGUGGAGCUAUGUAUAUAUCAUGCGGGAGUGCCGAUAGUACAACUCCCAUGGAGCCGGAAACGGGAUACGUCCCGAAUAAUCCCCUGUUCGGGGUGCCCCUCGACAGCCCGCAGGAAUGCCCCUCGUCUUGCGGUGGAAGCGGCUGUUCUAGCUGUCAGGAGAGCACAUCCCUUCCCUUGCCGGGCCUGCACGGGUCGGAUUUCGUCGACUGCGGAAACUGUCUCGACCACAACGGUGCGCUGAGCUCACAAACCAACCUAGGAAACUACUGGAGCGAAGAUAUGAGCACAUUCCCAGGACUGCCACCACUGGAUAUCGACCCGUUGCCCAGUUUGUUUCCCUUCUCGCCGUGUGGUGCUACGUACAAUAGACCGGAACGACCAUCGCAUGAUGUGGCCGAUGUGCUGUUGUCGCUAAAACACGCCGUCCUAAAGCAAAGUCCGGAUCCGCCGCAGCUCCCUCAGCCACCAUCUCCCGGUGGUUUUGCCCCACCUCAGGCCUCGCUUUCGUACACCGUUCACCCGCAGAUGCUCCUUUCGCCGGUUGGCCAUCACAAUCAUAACUCGCACUACAGUCAAGCUCAAUCUCAGAGUGGAUCGUAUCCCUCGAACUACUACGAAACGUCUUGUGCACAACAUUCUACGCCAAUCUAUCCGAGCAUGAGUGUGAACGUUAGCAUGAAUAUGACAAUGCACGGAUACGGAUCAGCGGACGGGACCAUGCCAAUGCAGUGCUCCCAGAUGCAGUGGGGCCCACAGACACCGGGAUCCUCCUCGGUGAAUGUUCUGUACCCACCGCUACUCAGUCCGGUUCCAUAUCCGGCAGGUGCUACCUACUCGUUCACAGCAGACUUUAGGCCACAAAAUCAAACGCAGAAUCUAUCACCAAUCAUGGAAUCCUCCAAGGCUUCCAGCUUACAAUCGCACCAUCAAAAGUCGUACUACCAACCAAUGGCGGCUGACUACUCUCCACCAAAAAGUCCCCCAGAAUAUGAGCAGACCGACUUCCAGCUCAAGAUGAAAACCGAAAAAUCACUGGGACUCAACUUCGAAGAAGAAGACGGAAGCGGCAGCGAUGGCCAAAGUGGGGACAACAAACCGAAUCUUUGCCGACUGUGUGGGAAAACCUACGCCAGGCCAAGCACGCUCAAAACACACCUGCGGACGCACUCCGGCGAGCGUCCGUACCGAUGUUCGGAUUGCAGCAAAAGUUUCAGCCAAGCUGCCAAUCUGGCCGCUCACAUCCGCACCCACACGGGGCAGAAACCGUUCCGGUGUCCGAUUUGCGAUCGUCGAUUUUCGCAAAGCUCCAGCGUUACGACUCACAUGCGCACUCAUUCCGGCGAGCGGCCUUAUCGCUGUCGGGCGUGUAAGAAGGCUUUCAGCGAUAGUUCCACGCUUACGAAACAUUUGAGGAUACACAGCGGAGAAAAACCUUACCAGUGCAAGCUGUGUUUGUUGAGGUUCUCCCAGUCUGGCAACCUCAACCGGCACAUGCGCGUCCAUGGAACAAACGGUCAGGCUCUCAUGACAUGACAGCAGAAACAAACGCAGCCGCCUCCCCCACCACAUCCGCCAGGGUCAUUUGCGCACUCCUAUGG